CCAAGAGUAACCCUAAAAAAGCUUACAAGCUCGGGAAGAAUUAGGCAACUUGAAUAACAAAGGUGAACAUCUGCCUAAUUGGGCUGUUUUCCUAACCCAUCCAAUACUCAAAUUGAGCCCAUAUUUCCGAACAGAUCCAACCCAUUUGAACCAUAUUCGUAAUUUGUUGGGCGGUAUAUCCAACAUACUAACUGGAUCAUAGCAGAUGAACCAAAACCCACCCGGAUUCAAUCAUCUUCUUGUGGUUCUUCAAGAAAUCAAUUCCAGAUUUGCCGGGUUUCUGGGGAAAAAUGGGAAGAACAACAGUGAUUUUGAUUGUGAGUUUGUGGGUGAUUCCAAUUUCAAUUCUUGUCAAUAAAAUUGUUCCUAAUUCUUACAUGGAUGAAAUAUUCCAUAUCCCACAAGCUCAACAAUACUGUUAUGGCAAUUUCAAGAGUUGGGAUCCAAUGAUUACUACUCCUCCUGGCUUGUACUAUCUUUCACUUGCCCAUGUUGCUUCUUUGUUUCCAGGCUUUCUUUUGCUGCAGAAGAUCUCAAAAUUUUCUAAUCUAUGUUCAACGACAACCCUUCGCUCCGUCAAUGGUGCAUUAGCGAUUAUAUGCAGCAUUCUUGUAUAUGAGACCAUCAAACAUUUAAGACCCGGACUUGACCGAAGAAAGGCAACACUUUACACUGUUGUACUUUCAUUGUACCCUCUCCAUUGGUUCUUCACUUAUCUUUACUACACGGAUGUGGCAUCUCUGACUGUGUUUCUUGCUAUGUACUUGGCGUCCCUGAAAAAGAAUUACCGUUUGAGUGCUUUGCUCGGGGCAUUGGCUGUUUGCAUUCGACAAACCAAUGUCAUAUGGAUGCUCUUCGUUGCAUAUGAUGGCAUAAUUGAUACGUUGCUGGUCGGUAACCAAAAUAUUCAAAAAUCUAAUACGUAUAUUGCUGAAAAGGAUCAGGUGACUCCUAAAGAUGAUUUUGCAGCAAAACCGGGAUUAAGAAGACGAAAGACGAAGAGCACAGAAGAAGUUUUCAGACCUGAGAUUACUCAUCCGAUUGCUCUUUCACAAUCUCAUUUUUCAGGGUUGCUCGAUGAAUUUCAGUAUUUUUUUGUACAAGCAUGGCGUUCAAAAUGGGAACUUGUGGCUUACUUUAGCCCCUUUAUCUUAGUAUUGGGAUCCUUUGUUGGAUUUGUUUACUGGAAUGGAAGUGUUGUCCUCGGUGCCAAGGAAGCACAUGCCGUAUCUCCACAUUUUGCACAGAUAUUGUAUGUCGCAAUGGUUUCUGCAUUAUUUAGUGCGCCCUUCCACUUCACUUUCAGCCAUGCUGCUGCUCUGCUGCGGUCGUUUUGGAAAUUUAGGCCACUAAGUUUUCUCCUGGGAUUUGUGGCCUUCGCUGCUGGUAUACUUUCCGUACAUUUUUUCAGUAUAGCACAUCCUUAUCUUGUGGCGGAUAACCGGCAUUACACAUUUUACGUCUGGCGUAGGAUCAUCAACGCUCAUCAACUGACGAAAUACUUCCUAGUUCCAUUAUAUGUUUAUUCAUGGCUAUCAAUCUUGUACAUUCUAGGAAAAAACCGAAGCAGAAUCUGGGUGUUGGGCUACUUUUUGGCUUGUGCUGCAGUUCUCGUACCUGCUCCAUUGAUCGAGUUUAGGUAUUACACGAUACCGUUUUUCAUCUUUAUGCUUAAUUGUGGAAUAGAUGAUAUCUGUAAGUGGAUAUUCUCGGCUAUUCUAUAUGUAACUGUCAACGGCUUUACCAUGUAUAUGUUUUUGUUUAUGCCAUUCGAGUGGAGCCAUGAAUCGGGUGUUCAAAGGUUUAUAUGGUAGGUUUCGGAGAACUAUACUACAUUUGAGUAUAUUUGUAUACUUUGUUAAUUAAAAGGGUGAAAUUUUGCUUGUUAAGA